GACAUCCCCAGCUGUCCGCGGCAGAAAACUGAGCAGGCGCUCCUUCCUCCUUCUUCCUUCCUCGACGCGUCAUUCAAACACUUUGCAAAUCUCCUCAUCCGUGACGUCAAACCUGCAGCGUGUUGGCUUUUGCAGCCGAUGUGAGAUCGCUUUUCUCUCCACUUUCCUCGUCGCGGAAGGAGGACACAGUCGGGAAAAGUCGCUUGGAAAAGAUGAGUCUUUUUGCUUGGAUUUGAUCAACUCUCCCGCGUCACGAUCACUUUGUCAUCAUGCUGCCGGAUAUAAAUAAGACGUCACGCCCCGAAGCCUUUCCCCACAGACAGCCAGCAGAGGGCAGUCGUCUUGGGACAAACCGAUCCUGCUUACAGAAGUUUUGCCCAGGAGGAGGGACUUUGCCUCAGCUGGAGCCUCCAGUGGUCCAGGUGGUAGUCAGCAAUGCCAAGAACCAGCAGCAGCAGACCGACAACACCCUGCCCCAAAUUGUCAACAAGGGGGUCCAGAACCACUAUCAGACAAACACAGUUGGGAGGCCGAAGCCCACUCAGCAAUUCACUAUGCGGUUCGGCGCAGCCAUGGAUAAAAUGUCACGCAACAGUAUCUUCAGCAACAAGUCAGAUAAAGAAAAGUCACACGAGGGACACAGACUACCCUUGUCUCCCACAGUCGCUCUCAACAACUUCCAAGAUCGUCUGACUGAGUUUGAGAAGGAUGAGAUCAUGGACUACGCCGAGAUCUGGUUCCUGGGUCUGGGCUGUCAGAAGAUCGAGGCUUCCCAGGCGGCACCACAGAACGGUGGCUAUGAUGACGAUCAUGGCAGCUACAUCAGGGUGCUGCACGACCACAUUGCCUACAGAUUUGAAGUGCUGGAGGUGAUUGGAAAGGGCUCCUUCGGGCAGGUGCUCAAAUGCCUGGACCACAAGAACAACGAACUUGUAGCGGUUAAAAUGAUACGUAACAAGAAGAGGUUUCAUCACCAGGCUCUGGUUGAGCUGAAAAUCCUGGACGUGAUAAAGAGGAAAGACAAAGACAACCUUCACAACGUCAUACACAUGAAGGAGUACUUCUACUUCCGAAAUCACCUCUGCAUCUCCUUUGAGCUUCUCGGGGUCAACUUAUACGAGCUCAUCAAGAAAAACAACUUCCAGGGCUUCAGUGUGGCUCUCAUCCGUCGCUUCACCCACGCUCUCCUCAGGUGCCUGCAGAUGCUGCACAGAGAGAAGAUCAUUCACUGCGACCUCAAGCCGGAAAACAUCCUUUUGUCUCAGAAAGGACCAGGAAACAUCAAAGUGGUGGAUUUUGGAUCCAGCUGCUACGAGCAACAAAGAGUGUACACCUACAUCCAGAGCCGCUUCUACCGCUCCCCCGAGGUCAUCCUGGGUCACCCCUACAGCAUGGCCAUUGACAUGUGGAGUCUGGGCUGCAUCCUGGCUGAGCUCUACACCGGAUACCCUCUCUUCCCUGGGGAGAGCGAAGUGGAGCAGAUAGCUUGUAUCAUGGAGGUUCUUGGGAUGCCUCCCAGUGAUUUUGUCCAGUCUGCUUCAAGGAGGAGGUUGUUCUUUGACUCAAAAGGGAAUCCCAGAAACACCACCAACAGCAAGGGGAAAAAACGAAGACCAAAUUCCAAGGAGCUGUCAACUACACUGAAAACAAAUGACGCUUUAUUUUUGGACUUCAUCAAUCGCUGCCUCACCUGGGAUCCAACCAAACGGAUGACGCCCAUUGAGGGUUUACAGCAUGACUGGAUCCUGGAGGGGAAUUUCAACAAGGUGAGGCCCAGAACUAAACCACCAGUGAAGAAGCAGACUGCCAAUGUGAGCACGACAAGGAGCAACGGUGAACAGGAUUACAGCAAACAAACUCAUGGCAAAUCUGCAGAGAGGCUCAGCUCGCACGACAACUGUGACAACGACAAGCUGAAGAGAGACGGUUCUGACACAAGCACCGCCUCCACCGAGCGCCUGCGGCCCAUCGGGGCUUCGGCGGAGGAGGAGGUGUGCGAAAGCGAGGACUGCAAGCUGCGGGAUGCGGGUUUAGAGAAGCCCGUUCACAUCAUCCUCAAACCUCAGGAGGAAGAGGGCAUAGAGCCUCAGGACAGCCAAGAGCCGUCUCCUUGUUUGCCUCCUGCCAUGUAAGGGAGUCAUGUUGCAUUCACUGGAAAUGGGAAAAACCCACGCGGAUGUGGAGAAUGUCACCUGCGUUCCAUUUCAGGAAAAUGAACUAAAUUGGUACUAGCCAUGCUUUUCCUGCAGGCUGAUGGUGACAUGUUGGUACAAACACUGCCAUGUUGUGUAGCGUGAACGUCCCACAACUAGUGUGAGGGUACAAAGCGCACCGGCAGUUCUAAGUUGACAUGUGAGAAAAAACUAUUUUAGAAAUGAAUGUAUAGAAUAGGUUGCAUCAAUCAUUACUAAAGAAGCAGAAAAAAUAAUCUUUCUUCAGUUCAAUAAGUUGUUAAUCAAUCGAUCACUAUGUAUAUAUAUAGCCCCUAAUCACAAGUGCCUCCAAGGGCUUCACAUCCCCUGAACUGGCGCACAUCCGGGCAAGGAAAAACUUCAAAAGGCUGAACUGAGAAAAAGAAAGAACCCUUGGGAAGGUGCUGCAGAUGUGGCAACACCCUCCUGGGUGACCAGCUGCAAUGGAUGCCGAGUCGGUACAAUUAUUGCAUUGUUAGAUUAAUAUAUAAUGUAAGAGUCCACAAAUUGUAUUAUUUUUGUAUGUAUUUGCCACAUAAGAAUGUUCAGAAAAGGUUGUUUCAACCUAUUUUUUAUUUAUUCGAUGCAGUCUCUGCUGAGCACUGGAAUCCCCAACAGAUCAGAGAGCUAUAUUUCAAAAUGUUAGUAAUUUAAUUGUAUGUGCUUUCCCAGGUGUAAAAGUGUGUAUGCAAUACAAGCUGAGCCAAAACUAUUUUUGUGGUAAAACAUGAUAAGAUAGUGUGUACUUUUUGAACUGGAUCGCAAACAAUUGUAUUUAUUUGUUAUAGCAAAUGUUUCAUAUAUGAUGAGUAAACUGUGUGUGUAUUUGAAUUGAAGUUAAAGUACAAUAUAUAUUUCUGCUGUUGUCUCCUA